GCCCGUUUGAAGUAUGAAAAAGAAGAAAUGGAAAGGCUUGAAAUACAACGAAUAGAGAAAGAAAAAUGGCAUCAUCUUGAAGAAAAAGAUCUAGAACGGAGGAAGGAAGAACUUGAAGAAAUUUUUUUACUAGAGAGAUGUUUUUCUGAAGCAGAGAAACUGAAGCGAGAAACUAGAUUGCUUUCUCAGUGGAAACACUACAUUCAAUGUGAUGGGAGUCCUGAUCCUUCAAUAUCCCAGGACAUGAACACUUUCAUUAGUUUGUGGAAAGAGGAAACAAAUGAGACCUUUGAAGAAGUGAUUGUGAAGAGUAAACUAGUGCUAAGUUUAAUCGAGAAGUUAAAAUUAACUUUAUUUGAAACACCGCAAUAUGAUUUGCAAGACAAAGCUAUAAUUCAGUACCAAGGAUCAAUUCUACAACUGCAGGAGCUCCUUUAUCUUAAGUUUAAUACAGCUACAGAAUUAAUUCUCAGACAAGCUAGCACUUUAGCAGAUCUGGACAGUGGAAAUAUGGAAAAAGUCAUUCAAGAUGAAAAUGUUACCCUAUAUGUGUGGGCAAAUCUCAAGAAGAACCCAAGAUACAAAAGUAUCAGAUUCUCAGAAACGGACAUUGGGUUUGAAAUUCCAAGGAUAUUAGCGACGAGUGACAUUGCGCUACGACUCCUGCAUACUCACUACGAUCACGUCACCCCACUGAAGCCUAUUCUAGCACCACCGAAAGAACAAAUUUCCACAAUCACUGAGCUUGUCCAAGCUGAAGUAAAAAAUGUGGAAGAAACAAUCAGCAAAGAGAAGCAAGAGGAGACUAAACCACAGGAAGAUGGGUCUAACUUAAUUCCAGAGGAAGAAGUAAAAGCUGAAGAACAAGAUGAUACUGAAGUAAAAAUGAGUUCUGUCGAGGAAGAAUCUGAAACAGCAAAAUGUGAGCUAGAGAUGAAAGUAUUAAGUGAGACCGUUUCUGCAGCACAGUUGCUGCUGUUAGAGAAUGCUGUUGAAAAGCCAGAUUACUUUGAAGAGAAUGAGGUGGAUUUAUGCCAGUUCACGACUCUGGGUGGAGUGUACCACUUGGACAUUUUUGAGCUUCCCCCACAGUGUAAACCGGUGAAGGGCUGGAUGAUUGUGGAAAUACUCAAAGAAGGAUUACAGAAAUAUACAUAUCCUCCAGAAACUACAGAAGACCUUGAAACAGAGAACGUUUUCCCACCUAUCGACGUCACACUUAAGGUUCACAAGAAUGUAAUCUUUUUUGAGGAUCCUAUGGUUGUAAGGUGGGAUGCUGAAGGUAAAUAUUGGAGAACUGAUGGCAUCAGUAAUGUAUCUUACAAAUCAGAAGAAAGACUUAUAACAUUCAGCCUGGACACCUUUGGCCCUGUUACCUUGAUUCAAGAUACUCAUAUUAACAUGCCAUACCAGUCAUGGGAACUAAGACCGCUUGAUGUGAAUAAAGUACUUUUGACCGUGACUACAGUAUUUACUGAGAUAAAAAUACAAAUUAAGGAAAACCUCUGCAUGUUAGCUUCAGUUAAACUAAAAAACAAAGAACAGUUCUCUAUUUUGGAAGGAAAGUGGAUGACUCCUAUUCCUUUCAUUAUUGCUCUGAAAGAAGCUGGACUGAAUAUCUUCCCUACUGUGACCUCUCAUUUUUAUGUGGUUAUAAACAAUAAGGUCCCUUCAGUAGAAAUGAGUGCUUAUCGACAAAUGGCUCUGCUAAGUUCAGCUUUUGCAUUUAGCUGGAGCAGGUGGAACACACUAUGUAAUUCUACAAAAGUCGUCCUUAAGGUGAGGGAACAUCUUACCGAGGAACCUGCUGAAAACCUUAACUGGGCCCUUCUAAUGUUUAGUGGUGAUAGAGCACAAAAACUCAAGAUGGAUGAAGAGAGUGAGAUGUUUUCUGAAACACUUAAAGAAGAAACUGAGUUUCAUUCCACUCUAUAUCACAUGGUUAAGGAUUUUGCUUCUAAAGAAGCCAUGGAGAAAGUUAGGAGUUCCAACUGCCAGUUUAUUGACUCUGUUUGCCAUAUGCUACUCUCUAUUAGAGUCCUCAGCUAUUCUUAAUCUCCACUUAGAAAUGUUAUUCGGUAUAAAGAAUCGAGCAUGGUAGGAAAGAAAAUCAGGUAUUUUUUUCAAUAAAGUAUAACGAAUUCUUUCAGACAGCCUAUUAGAAUAAUAUAAGUCAGCAUUUUAUACUCAA